AUGCCCCGGGUCACCUCACUGCUGUCUGCCCUGCUGUUCGUUCUCCUACCGGGCUCGAGCUGGGGAUAUUUCCCCGAGGAGCGCUGGAGCCCCGAGUCUCCGCUCCUCGCUCCCCGGGUCGUCGUCGCGCUGGUCUGCCGCAACUCGGCGCACUCUCUGCCGCUGUUCCUCGGAGCCAUUGAGCGCCUCAACUACCCGAAGGACCGCAUUGCGCUGUGGGUGGCGACAGAUCACAACAUAGAUAACACCACAGCCAUCCUGAGAGACUGGCUUGUCAAGGUGCAGAAUGACUAUCACUAUGUGGAGUGGAGACCUGAAGAUGAACCCAGUUCCUUUGAAGACGAGGUGGGGCCUAAGCACUGGAAUAAUCUCCGUUAUGAACACGUAAUGAAGCUCCGCCAGGCAGCGUUGGAGACUGCCCGUGAGAUCUGGGCCGACUACCUGCUGGUGGCUGACUGUGACAACCUGCUCACAAAUACGGACACGUUGUGGAAACUGAUGAGUGAAAACAAGACUAUUGUAGCGCCAAUGCUGGAGUCCAGAGCCGCAUACUCUAACUUCUGGUGCGGGAUGACUUCACAGGGUUACUACAAGCGUACACCAGCCUACAUGCCUAUCCGUAAGCAGGAGCGUCUUGGCUGUUUUGCUGUACCGAUGGUCCACUCCACCUACCUAGUGGACCUACAGAAAGACGCCUCCCGUCAGCUGGCUUUUUAUCCACCACACCCUGAGUACAGCUGGACCCUGGAUGAUGUCAUCGUCUUUGCCUACUCAGCUCGCAUGGCAGGUGUGCAGAUGUACGUGUGCAACAAAGAGACUUAUGGUUUUUUCCCAGUUCCAAUGCGUUCCCAUGGCACCCUACAGGAUGAGGCGGAGAGCUUCGUGCAUACUCAGCUUGAGGUCAUGGUGAAAAAUCCUCCACUGGAGCCCUCCAGCUUCCUGUCUCUUCCUCCCAAGCAGCCUAACAAGAUGGGCUUUGAUGAGGUGUUUAUGAUAAAUCUGGUGCGGAGAUCCGACCGUCGCGAGCGAAUGCUAAGAACUCUGUAUGAGCAGCAGCUCAGCUGUAAGGUUGUUGCCGCUGUGGAUGGCAAAGCUCUGAACAAGACUGACAUAGAGUCUAUGAGGAUUAAGAUGCUGCCGGGUUACAAAGACCCUUAUCAUGGUCGGCCUCUCACCAAAGGUGAACUGGGUUGUUUCCUCUCUCAUUACAACAUCUGGAAGGAGAUAGUAGAUCGUGGUCUACAGACCUCCCUGGUCAUCGAGGACGACCUCCGCUUCGAGGUGUUCUUCAAGCGGCGUCUCCAGACGCUGCUGCAGGAGGUGACAACACACAAGCUGGACUGGGAUCUCAUUUACAUCGGGCGGAAGCGGAUGCAGGUGGACCACCAAGAGAAGUCUGUACCAAACAUCCACAAUCUGGUGGAGGCAGACUACUCCUACUGGACACUCGGCUACAUGUUGUCAUUACAAGGAGCCCAGAAGCUCCUCGGGGCCGAACCUCUGACCAAGUUACUACCUGUUGAUGAGUUCCUCCCUGUCAUGUACAACAAACAUCCAGUUUCAGAGUACAUGGACCACUUUGAGAGUCGGGACCUGCGCGCGUUUUCUGCCGAGCCGCUUCUGGUGUAUCCGACCCAUUACACAGGAGACCAGGGCUACAUCAGUGACACGGAAACAUCGGUUGUGUGGGACAACGAGACUGUCAAAACCGACUGGGACCGAGCCAAGUCGAGGAAAACUCAGGAGCAAGGGGAGCUGAGCUUUGAGGCCCAGAAUUCUGACGUACUGCAGUCUGAACUGGAGAACUGGAGCGCACGGGACGAGCUGUGAUGAAGAAGAGAGGACGUGAGGAGAAGACAUUGAGAGAACUCUUGCAAACAGAGAUAAGAAUGAGGGAGAUAGAACACAGCUGUGAUAGUGGAGGAAAUGGAUAAGAUGGAGAGAAUAUAGCAGAAUGUAGAUGAAGAGAAAGAUAGGGCAGAGUAGAUGGAUACAGGGACGGUGAGGGACAAAUGUACAUUUCUCUCUCCACUCUUUGAUCUUUCUCUUAAGAGGUGAGGCGUAGAUGUAGAGUUAACUUUUGAAGAGUCAGCUAGCAGCUUUUAUUUAUUGCAUCCAACGCCCAUCCUUUGACACCAGCCUGGUUCCAUGUUUUAAAUAUUUUGCCCAGAUUUAUCCCAUACAUACCACAUUAUAUAUAAAUUCCUCCAGAGAAAAUUAAAAAUGAAUACAUAAUUGGAAGAAAAUGCAGUAUUUAGCACCAUUCUAACACGCCUCUAAAUGAUAUCUAGUCACAUUUGAACUUCACAUCCCCUAAUUACACAUGAAGGUAUGCUCUGGGUUUGAAAUAGGAUCCUCUAAAAUAUAAAAGGAUAAUGUUACUUAUUUUUUUAUACUAAGCUCUCAAAGCAGAAAACAAAUGUUGCCUUUUCUAUACAGUGUUAUGCUCUCAGUGGUUCCCAACCUGUUUGGCUUUUGACCCCCUAAAAAGAAGCAAUGUCUACUUGCAACCCCUAAUCACCAGUUGUAUAUGUCUACUGGUAGAACUGGGAACCACUGUCUUCUUCUUCUUGUGACUCUUAACACCUUGCUGUCUAGUUUAGCCUGUGUGUUAUUUAAGUAGGUUUUAUAAGGUUGUUACUUAAUAACCUUAUAUAUUGGGAAUGUAUCAGCGUUUUCUUUUAUCUGCCGUUAAACCUUUUUAUACUUUGACAGCGGCCAUGUAUUGGUUUAGUGUUUU